GUCACGCCCACCGCGGCCGGGCGGAAACACCCUCCCCGCGACGAAGGAUCCGGGUGUGAGCGAGCAAAGGAGCGGGAGGGGAGUUUAGGCCCAGGAGAGCACCCAGUUUCUGCUGGGUAUAACAGAGCACUCUCUGUCACUACUCUGGCCAUACCGCGGCUCCUCUAUCUGGCCCCGCGAUAGAGAAACAACACAGCUGUCUCUGUGCGCUCUGGAUCAGCGCUUCCUAGAUUUCUAGCCGGAUCGUUUGGGGAAGAGCUCUGCAUCUUAUUUCCGGUGGCGGUGAGGUGCAGUUGCCAUGGUGAUUAGAGAAAGGCCGAGAUCUGUCCGGCUGCGGUGAGGGGAACGCGGAAUCGCCGAAGAGAAUUGGCUGCGCUUCCUUGUUUGUGAGCUAGAAUUAGAAUGGCGAUCAGUCCACGAAGCGAUGCAACUUUCUCCAGUCAGAAAUCAACACCUUCAGAGAGUCCUCGAACAAAGAAAUUUCCGCUAACUGAAGAGGAAAUAUUUUAUAUGAAUUGUAGAGCUGCCUACUUAACUGUCUUCAAAAGCAGCUUGGAAAACAUUAUUUCUAAAGAUCAACUUUACUUGGCUCUUCAGCAUGCAGGAAGAAAUCCAUCCCAAAAGACCAUUAAUAAGUAUUGGACUCCUCAAACUGCCAAACUGAAUUUUGAUGAUUUUUGUAUAAUUUUAAGGAAGGAAAAACCUACUUCAAAAGCAGAACUACUAAAAUCAUUUAAGCAAUUAGAUGUAAAUGAUGAUGGCUGUAUUUUACACACUGACCUUUAUAAAUUUCUAACGAAGAGAGGUGAGAAGAUGACUCGAGAAGAAGUAAAUGCCAUAAUAAAUUUGACUGAUGUAAAUGCUGAUGGCAAAUUUGACUACAUCAAGUUUUGUAAAUUAUAUAUGACAGCCAAUGAGCAAUGUCUCAAGACUACACUAGAAAAACUAGAGGUUGAUAGUAAAAUGAGGCGUCACCAGUUUGGAAACCACAUCGAAGGGUCCCCUGAAAGGGACCCAUCACCAGUACCAAAACCAUCACCUAAAAUCAUAGGAAAAACCGAUCAGGAAACAUUCUCAAACAAAGGUGACACCAGGAGUUCUUUACUGUCAGCAACCAGGAAGUUCAAAACAUCUGUUUCCUUCACAAUUACCAUGGGGGCUAAUGGUAACCGAAACUCAAAGUUAACGGAGCCAAAUUUAAUAAAGGACUGGCAAUACAUGCAAUCAAAAGGUUGCUUUUUCUUAGAAGAAGAUGGUGAAAUCAUUAGCCAUCAGUACAGGAUGCAAAUAGCUCAGAGGUCCAUGGUUUAUCUAACAAUUAAGCCAUUAAAUCUGAGUCAAGUUGAAGGAAAACCAUCCCCUUGGUUAUCCGUUGAUACUGCCUUGUAUAUUCUCAAGGAAAAUGAGAGUCAAGCAAAUCUACAGCUUGUGUGUUUUACCGAACUACGAAAUAGAGAAGUGUUUGGAUGGACUGGUGAACUAGGACCUGGAAUUUACUGGUUAAUUCCUUCCACAACUGGCUGUAGGCUGAGGAAAAAAAUAAACCCAGUAACAGAUGAAGCCCAACUUGUAUACAGAGAUGAAACAGGGAAAUUAUUCCUUACAAAGGAAUUUAAGUCUACUUUAUCAGAUAUAUUUGAAGUAAUUGAUUUAGAUGGAAAUGGUCUUCUUAGCCUUGAAGAAUAUAAUUUUUUUGAAUUGAGAACAAGUGGUGAGAAAUGUGAUGAAGAUGCUUGGGCUGUCUGCAGAGAUAAUUUUGAUACAAAGAGGAAUGAACUAACAAGACAAGGAUUUAUGGAUUUGAAUCUAAUGGAAGCUAAUGAUCGAGAGGGAGAUCCUUGUGACCUUUGGGUAACUCUACACUCUAUGGGCUACAAUAAAGCUCUGGAGUUGACAGAGGCAUGUCCAUUUGUCAUUGAUAUCUAUGCAGAAAAAUGCAAGCCAAAAAUUAAAGCUGUCCAUAUGGAGGCAUGUAGUGGACAACUUGAGAAGGCCAUUUGUAAAUCUGUUCUUAGCAAGGGUGAUGCCAAAGUAAUGGAUGGCUAUGAAAAUAUAAUCGUGCAUACUUACAGUUGUGACACCUGGAUAACGUCAGUUAUUGAAAACAAGUCAGAUGAGAAAGUGAUUAUUCACAUCAACAAUGAGCUAAGUAAAAACUGCGUAAACAACAGAGGACUCAACAUAUUUGCAGUAGAAGUGGGACCCAAAUCUACAAUGGUUUGUCAACAUGUAAUGCCUCUGAAUGAACGACAAGAAUGGAUAUAUUAUUGUAUAUAUUCUCUUAUUUCUUAAAUAAUUAUACUUAGAACUUACCAAACUAAGAAUUAUUUCAGAUUUAGCCUGUUAUUUAUUAAACACUAAAUGCUACUUAAUUUAACUGAUGUACCUAAAUAAUAAUCUAUUCAAUUUAUAUGCAUUUUCAUUUUAUGUCAAUGCUAUGUACCUUAUUAUUAAAAUAUACGUAAUGCUUUCA